UUUUACUCGCAAGUGAAGUUCGACCGCAAAGAAUAAAUGUGAAUAAAAAUAAAUAUAUCGUGAAGCAUCUAUAUGAAUUGUGUAUUUUAUGAAUCAAUUAGGGAAAAUUGAACAGCAAGUUUGCCGAGUAGUUAUUGUUUGAGGUUUAUUUUCGGUUCGGAAUUGGGGGAUACAAAAUUGAAUUCUUUGCGGUGAAAGGAAUUGUGGACAAUUUACAAGAGAGCUGACAAAAUGACGACGGACAUUUCAAUUGUUCGAUGGGAUCCCAGCCAGGGUCCAGGCAACGAAUAUAUCGAUGAAUACGAAUACGAUGGCGGCAAUUCCAGUUCGCGCCUGUUCGAGAGGUCGCGCAUCAAGGCGCUGGCCGAGGAGCGCGAGAGCGUACAGAAGAAGACCUUCACCAAGUGGGUGAAUUCGCAUCUAUGCCGGGUCAAUUGUCGCAUCGCCGAUCUCUAUGUGGAUAUGCGCGAUGGCAAGCAUUUAAUUAAGCUGCUGGAGGUGCUAUCCGGCGAACGCCUGCCCAAGCCCACCAAGGGCAAGAUGCGCAUACACUGCCUGGAGAAUGUCGACAAGGCGCUUCAGUUUCUGCGCGAACAGCGCGUCCAUCUUGAGAACAUUGGCUCCCACGACAUUGUCGAUGGUAAUGCCUCACUCAAUCUCGGCCUCAUCUGGACGAUUAUCUUGCGCUUCCAGAUACAAGAUAUCACCAUCGAGGAGGUGGACAACAAGGAGACAAAGUCGGCCAAGGACGCGCUGCUGCUGUGGUGCCAGAUGAAGACCGCUGGCUAUCACAAUGUGAACGUGCGCAACUUUACGACCUCGUGGCGGGAUGGAUUGGCCUUCAAUGCGAUCAUACACAAACACCGUCCAGACCUCGUGCAAUUCGAGAAGCUAUCGAAGACCAAUGCCAUACACAAUCUGAACAAUGCAUUCGACGUGGCCGAGGACAAGCUGGGCCUGGCCAAGCUGCUGGAUGCCGAAGACGUUUGCGUCGAGCAUCCUGACGAGAAGUCGAUCAUCACGUAUGUGGUCACGUACUAUCACUACUUCAGCAAGCUGAAGCAGGAGACGGUCCAGGGCAAGCGUAUCGGCAAGGUGGUCGGCAUUGCCAUGGAGAACGACAAGAUGAUUCACGACUAUGAGCACUUCACCAGCGACCUGCUCAAGUGGAUCGAGACGACGAUACUGUCGCUGGGUGAGCGCGAAUUCGAGAACUCGCUGGUCGGCGUACAGGGUCAGCUGGCGCAGUUCUCCAAUUAUCGCACUAUCGAGAAGCCGCCCAAGUUUGUGGAGAAGGGCAAUCUGGAGGUGCUGCUCUUUACGCUCCAGUCGAAGAUGCGGGCCAACAACCAGAAACCGUAUACGCCCAAGGAGGGCAAAAUGAUAUCGGACAUCAACAAGGCCUGGGAGCGACUCGAGAAGGCCGAGCACGAGCGUGAGCUGGCGCUGCGCGAAGAGCUCAUCCGUCAGGAGAAACUGGAGCAGUUGGCGGCGCGUUUCGAUCGCAAGGCCUCCAUGCGUGAGACCUGGCUGUCGGAGAACCAGCGUCUAGUUAGCCAGGAUAACUUUGGCUUCGAUCUGGCCGCCGUUGAGGCGGCUGCCAAGAAGCACGAAGCCAUCGAGACGGACAUCUUUGCGUACGAGGAGCGCGUCCAGGCGGUCGUUGCCGUUUGCGAUGAACUCGAGUCGGAGCGCUAUCACGACGUGAAGCGCAUCCUGCUGCGUAAGGACAACGUGAUGCGCCUGUGGACGUAUCUGUUGGAGCUGUUGCGCGCACGUCGCAUGCGCUUGGAGAUCUCGCUGCAGCUGCAGCAGAACUUCCAGGAGAUGCUCUACAUACUGGACAACAUGGAGGAGAUCAAACAGCUCCUGAUGACCGAUGACUAUGGCAAACAUCUGAUGGGUGUCGAGGAUCUGCUCCAGAAGCACUCGCUGGUCGAGGCCGACAUCAAUAUUUUGGGCGAGCGCGUCAAGGUCGUUGUACAGAACUCACAGAAGUUCCUCAGCGACGAUCCCGAAUCGUACAAGCCGUGCGAUCCCGAGAUCAUUGUCAGUCGCGUCCAGCAGCUGGAGGAUGCCUACGCGGAGCUGGUGCGUCUGGCCGUCGAGCGGCGCAGUCGCCUCGAGGAGAGCCGCAAGCUGUGGCAAUUCUAUUGGGACACCGCCGACGAGGAGAACUGGAUCAAGGAGAAGGAGCAAAUCGUCUCCACCGACGAGAUCGGUCACGAUCUGACCACGGUCAAUCUGUUGCUGAGCAAGCACAAGGCGCUCGAGUCGGAGAUCACAUCGCACGAUCCCCAGCUGCAGAAUGUGGCGAAGGUUGGAGCCGAGCUCAUUACCGAGGGUCACUUUGGCGCCGAUCGCAUCAAGGAUCGCCUCAAGGAGAUCUUGUCCAAGUGGGAUCAUCUGCUCGACUUGACAAAGUAUCGACGCCAGCGUCUGGAGAACGCCGUCGAGUAUUUCCAGCUGUUCGCCGAUGCCGACGACGUGGACAAUUGGAUGCUGGACACGCUGCGCAUUGUCUCCAGCGAGGAUGUUGGUCGCGACGAGGCCAAUGUCCAGUCGCUGCUCAAGAAGCACAAGGAUGUCGCCGACGAGCUGAAGAACUAUGCCGAGGUCAUCGAUGCCCUGCACAAGCAGGCCGAGACCCUCAAGCUCAACGACCCCGAAAAGGCGAAUGUGGACAAGCGUCUGGAGGCGAUCGAUACACGCUACAAGGAGCUCACCGAGCUGGCCAAGCUGCGCAAGCAGCGUCUCCUCGACGCGCUCAGCCUCUACAAGCUGAUGUCCGAGGCGGACGGCGUCGAGCAAUGGAUCAAGGAGAAGACCAAAAUGUUGGAUACCAUGGUGCCCGGCAAGGACAUCGAGGAUGUGGAGAUCAUGAAGCAUCGCUUCGAGGGCUUCGACAAGGAGAUGAAUGCCAAUGCCUCCCGUGUGGCCGUUGUCAAUCAGCUCGCCCGUCAGCUACUGCACGUCGAGCAUCCGAAUUCGGAUGAGAUACUCGACCGGCAGAAUCAUCUGAACCAGGAAUGGUCGACGCUGCGCGAAAAGGCCGAGGCCAAAAUGGAUGACCUCAAGUCGGCGCAUGGUGUCCAAACCUUCUACAUUGAGUGCCGCGAAACGAUCUCGUGGAUUGAGGACAAGAAGCGCAUCCUCACCGAAACGGACAGCUUGGAGAUGGAUCUGACCGGUGUGAUGACACUGCAGCGUCGCCUUAGCGGCAUGGAUCGCGAUCUGGCCGCCAUACAGGCGAAACUGUCGAGCUUGGGACGCGAGGCGGACAGCAUUGAGGUGGAGCAUCCGGAGGAGGCGCAGCUAAUCCGCGAAAGGAUCGCACAAAUCGAACUGAUCUGGGAGCAGUUGACACAGAUGCUAAAAGAGCGCGACUCCAAGUUGGAAGAGGCUGGCGAUUUGCAUCGUUUCCUGCGCGAUCUCGAUCACUUCCAGACUUGGCUGACCAAGACCCAAACGGAUGUCGCCUCCGAGGAUACGCCCACAUCGCUGCCUGAGGCCGAGAAGCUGCUUAACCAGCAUCAGUCCAUACGCGAGGAGAUCGACAACUAUACCGAGGACUAUAAGUCUAUGAUGGAGUACGGCGAACGUUUGACCACCGAGGGCAACACCUCCGAGGAUCCGCAGUACAUGUUCCUGCGCGAGCGCCUCAAUGCCCUCAAGGACGGCUGGGAGGAGCUGCAUCAGAUGUGGGAGAAUCGUCAGGUGCUGUUGUCGCAGAGCUUGGAUCAGCAGCUGUUCAAUCGGGAUGCACGCCAGACCGAGGUGCUGCUCAGCCAGCAGGAGCAUUUCCUCAGCAAGGACGAUACACCGGUUAAUCUGGAGCAGGCCGAGAAUCAGCUGAAACGACACGAAGCCUUCCUCACCACCAUGGAGGCCAACGAUGACAAGAUCAAUACGUUGCUCCAGGUGGCCGACACCUUGGUGGAGAAGGAGCACUUCGAUGCGGACAAGAUUGGUAAGCGGGCCGAGAACAUAACCGGACGUCGGGAUGAUAAUCGCCAGCGUGCGCUGGAUCAGCACGAGAAGCUAAAGAACCAGGUGAAGCUGCACGAAUUCCUGCAGGAUCUGGAAGAGCUGGCCGAAUGGGUGCAGGAGAAGUAUGUGACAUCACAGGAUGAGACCUAUCGCAGCGCCAAGACCAUACACUCCAAGUGGACCAGGCAUCAGGCCUUCGAGGCGGAAAUCGCUGCCAACAAGGAGCGCCUGUACGAGGCCGAAAAGUCUGCCCAGGAGUUGUCCAAGGAGAAGCCCGAAUUCAAGGAUGUCAUCGAGCCCAAACUCAAGGAACUGGCCAAACAGUUCGACGACCUUGAGGUCCAUACCAAGGAGAAGGGCGCCCUGCUCUUCGACGCCAAUCGCGAGGUGCUCGUCCAGCAGACCUGCGACGAUAUCGACUCCUACAUUACCGAUCUGGAGAAGCAGAUCGUCAGCGGUGACACAGCCAACGAUUUGACCUCUGUCAAUAUACUCAUGCAAAAGCAACAGGUCAUCCAGACCCAGAUGGCCGUCAAGGCCCGCCAGGUGGAGGAGAUUGACAAGCAGACGGAAUAUCUGCAGAAGACGGUGCCCGAGGAGAAGAUCGAACCGAUUGUCGUUAAGAAGACGGCCGUUUUGGAGCGUUUCGAGAAGAUCAAGGCACCGUUGUUGGAGCGCCAAAAGCAGCUGGAGAAGAAGAAGGAGGCCUUCCAGUUCUGUCGCGAUGUCGAGGAUGAGAAGCUCUGGAUCGAUGAGAAGCUGCCGGUGGCCAAUUCCACAGAUUACGGCAACUCGCUGUUCAAUGUGCAUGUCCUCAAGAAGAAGAACCAAUCGCUGGCCACCGAAAUCGACAACCAUGAGCCGCGCAUCAAUGCCAUCUGCAACAACGGACGCAAACUGAUCGACGAGGGUCACGAGGAUGCCAAGAAGUUCGAGGCGCUGAUCAGCGAUCUGACUGCCAAGUGGCAGGAGCUAAAGGAUGCCAUCGAGAAUCGCAAGCGGCAUCUGCUCGAAUCGGAGAAGGUGCAACAGUAUUUCUUCGACGCACAGGAGGCCGAGUCGUGGAUGAGCGAACAGGAGCUGUACAUGAUGGUCGAGGAUCGCGGCAAGGAUGAGAUAAGCGCCCAGAAUCUAAUGAAGAAGCACGAGAAUCUAGAGCAAUCGGUCGAGGACUAUGCGAACACCAUACGCCAGCUGGGCGAGGUGGCGCGUCAGUUCAGCAGCGAUGAUGUAUCCAACGGCGAUGCUGUCGCCGUCAAGCAAUCCCAGCUGGACAAGCUGUAUGCCGGACUCAAGGAUCUGGCCGGUGAGCGACGCGCUCGUUUGAACGAGGCGCUGCAGCUGUUCAUGCUCAGCCGCGAGGUGGACGAUCUGGAGCAAUGGAUCACCGAUCGUGAGGUGGUCGCCGGAUCCCAGGAGCUGGGCCAGGACUACGAUCAUGUUACGCUGCUAUCGGAGCGCUUCAAUGAGUUUGCACGCGACACCGAGGCCGUCGGUGGCGAACGUGUGGCCAAGGUUAACGGGAUUGCGGACAAUCUGAUACAGGCCGGACACUCGGACUCGGCGACCAUUGCCGAGUGGAAGGACAAUCUGAACGAGUCGUGGCAGGAUCUGCUCGAGCUGAUCGAGACGCGCACCCAAAUGCUGGCCGCUUCACGUGAACUGCACAAAUUCUUCCAUGACUGCAAGGAUGUGUUGGGACGCAUACUCGAGAAGCAGCACGGCGUCUCCGAUGAGCUGGGCCGCGAUGCCGGCUCCGUUUCGACGCUGCAGCGCAAGCACUACAAUUUCCAGCAGGAUCUGACGACACUGUACUCGCAGGUGCAGCAAAUCCAGGAGGAGUCCGCCAAGCUGCAGGACGCCUAUGCCGGCGACAAGGCCAAGGAGAUUACGAAUCGGGAACAGGAGGUUCUGCAUGCCUGGGACAAUCUGCAGGCCAUGUGCGAUGCACGCAAACAGAAGCUGGCCGAUACCGGCGAUCUGUUCCGUUUCUUCAAUAUGGUGCGCAUACUCACCAUCUGGAUGGAGGAUCUGGUGCGACAGAUGAACACGUCCGAGAAGCCGCGCGACGUAUCCGGCGUCGAGCUGCUAAUGAACAACCAUCAGAGUCUAAAGGCCGAGAUCGAUACGCGCGAGGAUAACUUCUCGGCGUGCAUAUCCCUUGGCAAGGAGCUGCUCACGCGCAAUCAUUACGCUUCCGCGGACAUCAAGGAUCGCCUCAAGCAGCUGAACAACAGUCGCAAUGCGCUACUUCUGCGCUGGGAGGAGCGCUGGGAGAACCUACAGCUGAUUCUGGAGGUGUAUCAGUUUGCCCGAGAUGCUGCCGUUGCCGAGGCUUGGCUUAUUGCCCAGGAGCCGUAUCUGCUCUCCUCCGAGCUGGGACACACAAUUGACGAGGUCGAGAAUCUGAUCAAGAAGCACGAGGCAUUCGAGAAGUCGGCCGCCGCACAAGAGGAGCGCUUCAGCGCACUUGAGCGUUUGACAACCUUUGAGCUUAAGGAAAUGAAACGGCGCCAGGAGCAGGCGGAGGAGGCCGAACGGCAGCGCAUCAAGGAGGAACAGGAGGCUAAGGCCGCAUCCGAGGCGGCCGAGUUGGCCAAACGUGAGGCUGAGCGUCGUGAUGAUGUUGAUGUGGGCAUUGCCCACGAUGAAGCAGCCGCUGCAGACACAGCCGAAGACAUUGAGCGCGUUGUCGAGACCCAAACAGAGCGUGGCGCCACACCAGCUGCUGGAGAUGGUCAGGAGGGUUAUGUGACACGAAAGCAUGAAUGGGAGUCGGCCACCAAGAAGGCCUCCAACAGAUCUUGGGAUAAGGUUUAUAUGGCUGCACGAAGCGGACGCGUUUCGUUCUUCAAAGAUCACAAGGGUUACAAGAGUAAUCCCGAAUUGACCUUCCGCGGCGAGCCCAGCUACGAUCUGCAGGGCGCUGCCAUCGAAAUUGCCAGUGAUUACACCAAGAAGAAGCAUGUGCUGCGAGUCAAAUUGGCCAGCGGAGCUGAGUUCUUGCUGCAGGCCCACGAUGACAACGAGAUGUCACAGUGGGUAUCCGCUUUGAAGGCCCAGAGCGAUUCGGCGGCUGUGGCGGCGAGCAGAUCCCAGACCUUGCCGGCUACUUCGCAAAAGGACGAACCAAAGCGCAGAUCGUUUUUUACUUUAAAGAAAAAGUAAAUGCAAAUAUAUAAGAGCAGCUAAUUAAAACAAAACAAAAUGAAAGAUAACAA